AUGUCUGUCACUUUACAUACGACUCAAGGAGAUCUCAAGAUCGAGAUAUUUUGUGAGAGUGUACCCAAGACCGCAGAGAACUUCCUAGCACUCUGUGCGACGAAUUAUUAUGACAAGUCACCGUUUCACCGCCUGAUUCCAAAUUUCAUGAUUCAGACAGGUGGCCCUGCAAACCCCACGCCGGAUAAUCCGAAAGGUGGUCGAUCAAUAUGGGGCGGAUCAUUUGAAGACGAGAUCCGGCCAGCUCUUAAGCACAACGCCCGAGGAAUCCUUUCCAUGGCAAAUAAAGGACCCGGCACUAAUGGCUCGCAAUUCUUCAUCCUCUUUGAUAAAGCGCCUCAUCUGGAUGGCCUCAACACCGUGUUCGGGAAGCUCAUCGGCGACGACAGUCUCGUGACCUUGGCAAAGCUAGAGGCGCUCGAGAUAGAUAAGAAGAAUCGGCCGAAGGAGAAAGUGUUGAUCGAAAAUAUCACUAUUCAUGCCAAUCCACUGGCAGGAUGA